AUGCCGACACCGGUCGCCGCAGCCAGGCAAUGCCUGACGCCGGAGGCGGCGGCGGCACUCGACGACGCGGUGGCGGUAGCUCGCCGCCGCGGCCACGGCCAGACGACGUCGCUCCACAUGAUCUCCUCCCUCCUCUCCCUCCCCGGCUCCUCCCUGCGCGAGGCCUGCGUCAAGGCCCGGCGCGGCGGCGCUUCCGCCUGCCCCGCUAGGGUUCAGUUCAAGGCCCUCGAGCUCUCGCUGACGGUAUCCCUCGACCGGCUUCCGUCCAACUCGCAGAACCGGGCCGAGGGCGGGCCGCCGGUCUCCAACUCCCUGAUGGCCGCCAUCAAGAGGUCGCAGGCGAACCAGAGACGGCAGCCGGAGAACUACACCCUCUACCAGCAGCAGAAGCCGGCGUGUUCCUCGUCGAUCCCCGUCGUCAAGGUCGAGCUACAGAAUCUCGUAAUCUCGAUCCUCGACGAUCCACUGGUGAGCAGGGUUUUUGGGGAGGCGGGCUUUAGGAAUUUCGACAUAAAAAUGGCCCUGCUCAGAAAGGGGGCCGCCGCCGGCGGCGGCGGGUUCUACCCCUCGCAGCUUUUCGGUUGUACCUCGAGGUACAAGCGGCCGAACCCACCUUUAUUUCUCUGCAAUUUUCCCUUCUUGGGCUGUUUUCCCGGGGACGAGGAGAAUUUGAGGAGGAUUUGCGAGGUUAUGAGGAGGGAGAAAAAGAGAUGCCCACUUCUUGUGGGGGUCUCAGCUGGUGAUGCAUUGAAAAUCUUCUUGGAGAAGAUUAGUAAAGGAUUGGGCUUUUUGGAUGAGUUCUUUGCUGGGCUGAGGGUUGUUUGUGUUAAAGAUGAGAUUUUUAGGUGUCUGAAUAGGGAUUUUGACGAUGGGCCGUUGAGGCUGAAGCUUGAACAAGUGGAGAAAAUGGUGGGAGAUUGCAAAGUGGUUGUGAAUUUUGGUGAUUUGAAUGAAUUAAAUGUCGAAAGUGAUCGUAAUAACAAUUUCGAUGGUGUGAGGCUUUUGGUGGAAAGAUUGAGUAAAUUGGUUGAGGUUUGUAGUGGUAAACUGUGGAUAACUGGAGCAGCUGCAAAUUAUGAGGUUUAUUACAAGGUUUUGAAGAGAUUUCCUACAAUUGAGGAUGAUUGGGACCUGGAGAUUUUGCCCGUAAAUUCGUUUAAAUUCGAUGUGGGAGGAUCACAUCCAAGAUCCAGCUUGAUGGAGUCGUUUGUUCCACUGGGCGGUUUUUUCUCAAUGCCAUCAGAAGCAAAAAGUUCCUCAAGCAACACAUGCGAAAAUCUUGCCCGGUGCCACCUGUGCAACGAGAAGUACGAACAAGAGGUAGCCAGGCUUUCGAAUGAAGUACCUCGUGCUUCGGUUGCGGAACAGUAUAACCAGCCGUGCUUCGGUUCACCUUCUUCAAGGGGCAAAGAUGAUAGCUUGUUACUGAACGCAAAAAUCACCUCGCUCGGGAAGAAAUGGGACGACAUUCUCGCGGGUGGGUACUUGUAUGGGAAGGAGAGGGUGGGGAUUUGGGUUCAAAAUGUGGUUCGAGGGGCGUUUUUGGAAGUUGGGGAGAAGUUCGGUGUGAGUGCUCGUUCGGUCGUCAAAAUCGUUGGGUGCGAGGGUACGGCCUGUGAUGACGAGCUACUUCCGAACCGGAUUUUGGUCGGGUAG